UUGCAAAUUUUCAGUUGCUCUUCAACAUGAAAUUUAUGUAUACCCCAUUUUGUUGAUUAGUUAGAAGACAAUGCAUGUGAUACCAUCUCAUUCACUAAUUUCACUAUCUCUAUAUAUUAUCUCCAAAUACCCUUAUGCUCAAACCAACAAUUUUACUCUCUUCAAACGCUAUCCUCUGCAAGAAAAACAUUUAAUUUCCUCCAACAGAUUUAUAAAAAUUCAUCCAAGAAACAAUGGCAGUGCGAUUUCCUAGUGUUCUCCGUGCUUCUUUCUUCUCUGCAAAGAAAUCCACUUCAAGAUCUUUAGAUGUGCCGAGAGGUUUCUUAGCAGUGUACGUUGGUGAGAUAGAGAAGAAGCGGUUCUUGGUUCCAGUAUCGUACUUGAACCAGCCUUUGUUCCAAGAUUUGCUCAAUAAAGCUGAAGAAGAAUUCGGGUUUGAUCAUCCGAUGGGUGGUUUGACGAUUCCUUGCACAGAAGAGAGUUUCAUUGAUGCCACUUCCAACUUGAGCAGGGCAUAAAUAAGGCAAUAUAUAUAGUUCUACACUAACAACACAAACAAUUUUGUACUAUAGGAAUUUCAUAUUCAAUGUAAAUAUAUAGUUUUGAACUAUUAUGUUGCGGAAAGAUAAUAUGAGAAUGAUAACUUUGAAUCUCUAACGAUAUUUGUUCAAAUAUGAAAUGACA